UUUCUUUCUCCCCAGCAACAAGAAUUAAUCAAUUGAUUGGUUUUUUAGUUUGAUUUCCUUCUGUUAAUUUCAACAUUAACAAUGAAGGAAGAAAUUGAUCUCUCAGCACUCCUGGACCUAACCCUUGGCCUUCCUAGAACUAGGGUUAACCCUUCCCCAGAACCAGACCAACUUUCCACUGCCCUCACUAUGUGUGAUCCAACUUGGAAUUACGACACACGCCAGAGAAAAGCAGAGGAAUAUUUAGACCCUGCUCCUCUCAGAUUUGCCCCUCCUAAUCCGGAACACGAGAAAGUGUCUGGUACGAAUGAUAUCAACAAGGAAUUAAAGAAGAAGAAAAGAAACCAAGCAGUGCUGGAUACGGUGAGUCUACAGCCUCAGGAUGAGGGGCCUUGGAAAAUCAAGAAGACACUGACAGUAAGCGACAUUGGAAACUGCUCAAGGCUACUUAUGCCGAAAAAAUCGGUCAUCGACCAUGUUAUGUGUUACUUGGAUGACAAGUUUGCCGAAAGGGUUAUGAGCGGAGAGGGCAUAGGAGUUAUGGUUGUAGACUGCGACACAAACACCGGGCAUUACUUGAAUUUCAAGCUUUGGGGGUCGGCCGAGUUUUACAUUCUCAAUGGAGAUUGGAGGCAAGAGUUUGUGCACAGGAGAGGCUUGAAGGAGAAGGAUAAAAUUGGGCUUUAUUGGGAUACCUCCAAAUCCAUGUUCAUGUUUUCUGUUCUUGAAAGGGCAAUCCAAUCCCAAUUCCCUGCUUGAUCAAUUUGGUGGGUCUAGUCUAGGUUGUUGUAACUAGCUAGAUAGUUUUUUAAAUUCCUCAGUUUGAGACAUUUGUUGUAAAAGACUUGUGUUUAUCCAAGUCCAAGUGAAUUCUAUGAAUCAAAUCAUACAUUUUCCCAUCAAUGU